AUGGAUGAAAAUGGGUAUUCCUGUUCAAUCUGGCCAUGCUGUUUAAACUGGUACUACCAAAUCUGCCACAGCAGCAAUGAACGUUGCUGCUUGUGUUGGCGUUUCUUGUUUACCAGUGAGCAGAACUGCAGCUGUUUCCCAUGUCCAUACAAUGGCAAAACUUGCCAGUGCUGCCACUGCUCAAGUGCAGAGCGUGCAAAUUGUUGGUGGUGUUGCUGCUCUUGUGCAAAUGACCCAGACUGCAAAUGCUGCUGCUGCUGCAGUGCAGAGAAUACAGAAUGUCAGUAUUAUGAAAGCAGGUGCUGUAGAAGGUCUGACAACAAACAGCGUCACUCAAGAACACCAGGACUUGUUCAGUCAAAAGAAGUCAUGCCUAGGUUCAGAACUAGGAAUAAUGCAUCUGUCAUUACAACAGAAAGGAAUGUCUCCAGCCACGCUUUCCGUGACCAGCUUUCCUGUCCAAUCUGUAAGGAACUGUUUCUCCAACCACUUAUGCUGCCGUGCAACCACUGCAUUUGUGAGAAGUGUGUAAAUAAAAGCAAGACCAGAGUUGAAGUAACUGAAAACUUUUAUAUCAUCUUAUGCCCAGUGUGUAGCAAAGCACACUGUCUUGACUACACAAAUAAAAUCCAGCUGAGGAAGAAUUAUCUCCGAGCAAAACUAGCCAAGAAAUACAUGCGCAGACAUGGCUUUCUGAGGUGGAGAUUUGACCACAGCGAAAGACCAGUCUACUGUGAAAGUUGCAGGGAGAGAAGAAGAGUGGCAACCAAAAGAUGUAGAACGUGUGGAAUCAAUUAUUGUAGUGAAUGUCUGUAUUUAAGUCAUAACAAGUACAGUGUUCAAGACCACAUUUUAACGAGAGCACAUCAUGAAGACAAUGAACAGUGGCACUGCUUACUGCACAACAACUCAGAUCUCUCUGAAUACUGUCUGGAUGACCACGAACUGAUCUGUGGGAUCUGCAAGAGCUCACUGCACAACAAUCAUAACAUUAUUCCCUUGGGAGUCGCGUGUUCAAGAGAGGCUGCUUCCCUCUUCGGUACAAUCGAAGAAUUUAGAAAAGUACGCCAAGGAAUUGACAAUGAUCUAAUGGAAGUUAUCCUGUCAAAAAAUAAGUUCAAGAGCUACAAGGACACCAAAAGAAAGGAGAUCAGAAAUGGAUUCUUAAAACUAAAUAUGGUUCUUCAUCAACAAGAAAAGGAGAUGAUGGAGUUGCUUGAAAACAUUGAACUUAAAAAAUACAAAGAAAUUUCAGACUACAUAAACUAUACAUCCAGCCAGCUGUCAUAUAUGGAUGGCCUUAUUCAAUACUGUAAAGAGGCUCUUGAGGAGGAAAGUCAAGUUGUAUUUCUGCAAUCUGCACACUGCUUAGUGAAAGAAAUAGAAAAUACAGUUCCUUCCAUUUUCCAACCUAGUCCACGUCUAAGAGAAGAUCCCUUAAGCAAAAUUCACCUCAACUUUGAUGAAAUUCUCUUCAUUUUACAGGGACUUGUUCCAUCCCUUAUUGGCAUAAUGGAGUCAGAAAGUGAAGCAGAAAAAUAUCCCUAUUCUUUUAACCCCGAGAUAACGGUUCAAGGGGGUGCCUCAGGUACUCAAGUAUCCAAGCAAGGAAUAUUUUUCCAAAGCCCAUCUUCAAAUUCCGUGCUUGAUUUACGUGUACUGUCAAAAGACACUCUCAGAAGACCAAACUCUAAUCCUUCCGAUCUUCCUACAAAGAGUAAGGAAGUGUGUGUGUGCAAGGAUACAGCUUCUGGAACUCCAAGAAAAGAAAGAAAAUAUCGGAUUGUUAAAUAUUCAAGUCCAGAACCUAUAGACAGUGACUCAGUCCCAGUCCCAGGAUCUGUGCUCAUAUACCAGACUGUUGUUUACUCGAGGUCUGCCAAAAUUUACUGGACUUGUCCCAUAGAAGAGGUGGAUUUCUUUGAGGUAGAGUUUUAUGAAGUUACUAGAACUAGUCCUGAUAACAUUGUCCAGACACAACUAGCUGGCCAGCUAAGCAAAAUACAGCAGCAGAACCUGGAGAUAUAUAAUUUGGAUCCAAAUACAGAAUACCUGUUUAAAGUCCGUGCUGUCAACAAAGGAGGCCAAGGAGACUGGAGUGAGAUCUGUAAG